ACCCACAAUUCCUCGAGCUUGCUUGGUAACAGUGACACAAAGCGUGAAGGAGGGAAAGUAGUGUUAUUAUUUUGGCAAUGUAGGUUAAUUCUGGGUCGGAUAUUGUAGGUAUAGUGCAGAAAACAUCAUAUACAUUGUUGUGAAAUCAUAAUAUAAUAAAUAUGAGUUUCCAGGAGAUUAAAAACGAGCCACGACAGGAUUGGCAACAUACGUCCACGGGAGUUGGUCAUCACUACCGACCAGGCUACUACUUCCCUAAUUCUGAUUUCAAGACUUUGAUUUAUGAUCCAGUCCCUCCCCCUCUGGCAAAACAGGAUGAAAUUACUAGAGACCAACACUUUAAAACAACAUAUGGUGAUUUCCAUGAUACCAAAUACGGGAAUGGUGUCUACAACAAUCCUAUCCACAGAAAGGCCCCAGGACACUGGAAAGUCAACUAUGUCAAAGACCUUGCAGAAAAGCUUGAUAAGGGAGGAUGGCGGAAGCCCCUUACAAUGGGGAACCAGUUAACUGAGACAAAAGAGGAAUUUGCCAACAAGGCUGGUGUCCGGGAUAGGUACCAUUUCCCGGACUCUGCAGGCCUGAACUUACCACAAGCCUACAAUCUCAAUGAUCACCACAAGGAGGGUCCAUCCAAAUAUGGACAAGGCACAACACAGAAUCCUAAACUUCAAGCCCAGCCUUUCUAUGUCCGGGACAAAGGAGUAUUAGCUUUAUUAGAUCCCUAUUUAUCAACCACUCAAAAAGAUCACCGAUCAUUCAAACCAAAUGAACUGAAAAAGUACCCCAAAAAGGAUGUGGCCACAUAUUGGGAGUGUGAGGAGUACCCCAAGGCCUGGGGCCAUGGGCUGAAACACAAUCCUGUUCCCAAAGACAAUGUUCCAAGGGAGCGUUUGCCAAUGGUGGACCCCACAUGGUUUAAAACACGGACAACUAUCCCCAGACAGCCAAAGGCCCUACAGCCUGUCCCCCAUGGUGGCCUGAAGUCUCUGUAUGCCGAGUCGUUCCAACAACCAUCUGAUGUCAAAGCCAAGGAAAACUACUACUGCGCCGUAGACACACCAUUUGUCCUCCCAACACCAGGAACAAAGUCUGUAAUGACGGCUCCAAAGAUGUAUGACACAGAGUACCAACACGUGGGAAGCAAUAAACCAGUCAUUGUUUGAAGUCAAAAAAGGAGCUAUUCAAAUGAUUUUGCAAAACACUAUAGCUAAACUGUGAGGAAUUGUAAUUCAACUGAACAUCAACCAUCCUGACCAGUCAAAGAUCAGAUAUAUCAGCCAUUGUGGUAGCCUAUCGAGAACAUUGUUGAAAUAUAAAACACAUGCAGAAGUCAAUUAUGUUUGGAAAACAGAUUUUUGUUAAGUUACUAUUUGUUUUUAGUUGUUCUACUGUAAAUUUUAUUUUAAAUGGUUUUUUUCUUACAUAUUAUCAUGUCUAUAAAAUACACAUUUAUAUAUUUAUGUGAUGUUUGUUACAAAAUCUGUGAUAUUCUACUAGAGAAACUUUGAUCAGGUUUCAGAGUGAGUGCUAAUGGUAUACUAUAUGUACAGACAUCACAAGUCAAUAAAAACACAGGGAAAUAUUUUA